AUGGAUCGCCGCCCCGACCCUCGCCGUCGCCGCCUCCUCUCCAUCGCCGCCUUCAUCAUCUCCACUGUCCUCCUCCUCUCAACACCUCAACCGGCGUCCGGAUCUCCCUCCACCACAACUCGCCGAGCCACCAAGCCAUCCUCCUCCUCCUCCGUGUUCUCCCUCUUCAACCUGAAACAGAAGAGCCGCUUCUGGAGCGAGUCCGUCAUCCGCAACGACUUCGACGAUCUCGAGUCUCUGGCGACCGGCGCCGCCACCAGCUUCGCCAACUUCACCGUCGCAGGUAACGUCGCAAAGUACCUAAAUCUCCUUCCGAUUGAGUCUAUGUACCUCCCGGUCCCGGUCAAUUUCAUCUUCGUUGGAUUCGACGGGAAAGGUAACUACGACUUCAAGCUUCACCCUGAGGAGCUUGAGCGGUGGUUCACCAAGAUUGAUCAUGUAUUUGAGCACACUAGGGUUCCGCCGAUCGGUGAAACUCUAACGCCUUUUUACAAGAUUAGUGUAGAUAAAGAUGAUCAUCAUAGUCAUAAUUUACCGCUUGUGAGUCAUGUGAAUUAUAAUUUCUCUGUUCAUGCAAUUCAAAUGGGGGAGAAGGUGACGUCGAUUUUCGAGAAGGCGGUGAGUGUUUUGGCCAGGAGAGAUGAUGUGGUGAAUGGCGGCGAAGAUGUCGAUUUGUGGCAGGUUGAUGUGGAUAUGAUGGAUGUUUUGUUCAGUAGUCUGGUUGAGCAUCUUGAGAUUGGGAGUGCUUACAACAUUUUCGUGUUGAAUUUAAAGCGCAACGUGAAGAGGGGGAGGUAUGGUUACAGGAGAGGGCUGUCGGAUUCGGAGGUGGCGUUUGUUAGGGGGAAUGCGAGUGUGAUGCAGAGUAGGAUUGCAGAGUCAGCAGGGAAGGUUCCGGAGGCUGUGGUUGCGCUGGAUAAGGUUAAGAGUAAGAGGCCGUUGUAUGAGAAGCAUCCGAUGGCGAAGUUUGCGUGGUCUGUGAGUGAGGACACGGAUACGGUGGAGUGGUACAAUGCGUGCGAGCAGGCGCUGGAGAAUGUGGAGAAGUUGAGUCAAGGGAAGGAAACUGGGGAUGUAGUUGUGAACAAAGUUGUGCAGUUGUUGAAUGGGAGGCAUGAGGAUAUGGAGCUUCUGUACAAUAAGGCAGUGAAAUCUGGAGAUUUUAAUGAUCUUCAUGCGGAAUGUCUAACGGAUACGUGGAUUGGAAGGGAGAGGUGGGCGUUUAUUGACUUGAGCGCGGGGCCUUUCUCGUGGGGACCAGCUGUCGGUGGGGAAGGUGUGCGAACAAAUCUGAGUAUUCCCAAUGUGCAAAAAACGAUUGGUGCUGUUACAGAAAUAACAGAAGAUGAGGCUGAAGAUCGGUUGCAAGAUGCUAUUCAGGAAAAGUUUGCGGUGUUUGGUGAUAAAGAUCAUCAGGCAAUUGAUAUUCUUCUAGCGGAGAUUGAUAUUUAUGAGCUUUUUGCUUUCAAACAUUGCAUAGGAAGGAAAGUAAAGCUUGCACUUUGUGAAGAACUUGAUGAGAGAAUGAGGGAUUUGAAGAAUGAGCUCCAAGGAUUUGAAGGUGAAGAAUAUGAUGAAACUCAUAAGAAAAAGGCUCUAGAUGCAUUAAAGCGAAUGGAGAAUUGGAAUUUGUUCAGUGAUACUCAGGAGGAGUUUCAGAAUUACACAAUUGCGCGUGAUACUUUUCUUUCACAUUUGGGUGCAACACUGUGGGGGUCUAUGAGACACAUUAUAUCACCUUCUGUAGCAGAUGGUGCAUUCCAUCACUAUGACACCGUAUCAUUUCAGUUGUUCUUCAUCACACAGGAGAAAGUUAGUCACAUUAAAAAAUUGCCUGUGGAUCUCCAGGCUCUUCAGCAUGGGCUCUCCUCAUUGUUGCUACCCUCUCAAACACCUGCUUUCAGUCAGCACAUGUUACCACUUUCUGAGGAUCCUGCUUUGGCAAUGGCCUUUUCAGUGGCACGAAGAGCUGCAGCGGUGCCACUGUUGCUGGUUAAUGGAACAUACAGGAAAACUGUUCGUGCCUAUCUUGAUUCCUCCAUUGUCCAGUAUCAGUUGCAGAGGCUGAAUGAUCAAGGCUCGUUAAAAGGGAAGCCUUCCCACAGCCGAUCUACACUGGAAGUUCCAAUCUUUUGGUUCAUCCAUGGGGAACCGUUGUUAGUUGACAAGUAUUAUCAGGCAAAGUCUCUUUCUGAUAUGAUUAUUGUUGUUCAGUCGGACUCUUCAUCGUGGGAAAGCCACUUGCAAUGUAAUGGGCAGUCACUUUUCUGGAAUCUGAGGAGGCCCAUCAAAGCUGCAUUGGCUGCUGCUUCUGAACAUCUUGCUGGUCUGCUACCCCUUCAUUUAGCUUAUAGUCAUGCCCAUGAAACUGCAAUUGAGGACUGGAUGUGGUCAGCUGGGUGCAACCCUCAUUCCAUUACUUCUCAAGGCUGGACCCUUUCCCAAUUUCAGUCUGAUACGAUUGCGCGGAGCUAUAUUAUCACAACUCUAGACGAGUCGAUACAAAUUGUCAAUUCAGCCAUUCAACUUCUAGGCAUGGAGCUUACAACUGAAAAAAUCUUUAAAAUUGUUCUGUCAGAGGAGCGGGAUCUACUUAACAAGUACAAUUAUGUUGUUAGUUUGUGGAGAAGGAUUUCCACUACUACUGGAGAAUUGCGAUAUACAGAUGCCAUGAGAAUGCUUCAUGUCCUAGAGGACGGAGCAAAACAGUUUGCUGAUCAAGUUAAUGCAACUAUAGCCAAUCUCCACCCAAUCCAUUGUACAAAAGAUAGGAGAGUAGAUGUGGAGUAUAGUUUGUCUACAGCUCCAGCUUUCUUGGUUGUUUUGGGCAUUCUCUAUUUUGUGUUAAGGCCGAGGCGACCAAAGCCAAAAGUAAACUGAAAGUCAUCCCAAGGGGUUUAUAUGGUUGUUUAGGCCUUUAGGGGAAGUGGUUUAGGGGAUAUACACUGAUACACUUGAGGUUGUAUUAGCUGUGUUUGAGGCAGUGAAUCUAUAUACUAGUGAUGAGUAAACAGCCGACUUUUGAGAAACGGCCGCCAGGUCUGAUACUGGAUAUUUUGUUGUGAGUUGUUAGCCCCUCCACCUCCUGGUAACUUUUACCAAAGAUGCACUUUUCUUCUCUUGUUUUAGCCUAUGCACACGUUAGGGUUAUUGAUCUCUGAUCUGAAUCUGAAUCUGUAUGUCUAAGAGGUUCUGCAUUACAGCAAAUUUUGUUUGGUAUACAUUGUUUUAGUCAGAAAUAAAGUUGCAUAAACAUCUGUGAUGCUGUCAUG